CCUAGCAACAGGUCAACGCACCACGUUAGCAUUCAUCACAGGCUCGGACGGAGGCUCAGUGAUCAGAAAUGGGAGAAAUGAUUUGCUCGUGAGGUCAGAUGGGAGUUUCUCCCGUCUGAUGAGCCACUGCAGGAUAAGACUUUUCACUGUUUGGGAUAGCACAACGUGACUGGAUGACAGUCCAACAUGUCAGAAUACACACUACAGACGUUUUUUACAUGGACGUACAGAGGGUUUCUCUGCACCUGCAGGUUUCUUUGGAUUUGCCCGUACAAUGCUACUAAAUUCAUACCGAAGCAAAAAUACCUAGAGGAGAAAAGCAGACCCGUGAAGCGACAUGCGGCUUCUGGAAACAAAGUGACAGCAGCCAUCCCAGGGAGUCCUGACCGUGUGAAUGUCCUCAAUAAAAGACUGACCAAAACCGAGAGAGAGAUCCUGUCCCUCAAAACCAGGAUUGCCUGUGAGAGAGCAGCGUGGGAAAUGAAGUUUUCUGAGCUGCAAAAACAACAGGAAGAGCUCCGGAAUCAGUUAGUCUCUGAUGUCAAAGCGUUGGUGAAAGAGGGCACUUGUGACGGCCGGGGACAGCCCGGAGUGGACAAUGGAGUGAUGUUUGAUGGAUGCUCAGGUGGUUUUCAGAAACGCCGAAGGUCCAAAGCAUCAUCAAGAGGCGACAGCUUUUCAUGCAGUUUGUCAGGGAGUCAAAUAUCCUUGUCAUCACCACUGUGCUCAAGACCUGCUUCCUCUUUAUCUUCAGCCUAUAGUGUGCAGUCCCGGGGGACAUCUCAUGGGCCUCAUCGGGUUUUUGUUCCUCACUCACCUAUGGACUUGCAACUAGGUCACCGGGUCAGGAUCAUGCUGCCAUCUGGCAGGAUCAGCACAGGAACUGUUCGCUUCCUGGGCCACCUGCAGGGGGAGGCAGACCUCCACCUCGGAGUGGAGCUGCAGGCUCCUGAUGCAGCUCUGUGUGACGGCAGUCACAGUGGACAGAGCUACUUUCAAUGCAAGCCUGGAUAUGGUGUCUUUGUGCCCUUCCACAAACUGCUUAUGGCCUGGGAGUGACUACAUCCACAUCAGGGAGCGUUUCUCACAGAUAUGUCAACAAAUAGUAUUUAAAUUAUGUUGUGGAUAACCUUUAAGCCAAAUUUUGUAUCAAUACCCCCAGAAAAGACACGUGUGACUGUUGACAUCUUCAUUAAGAUUUAUUAAUCAUUAUAUCAUUUUCUAUUUACUGUAUGACCACAGUUUUUAUCUCUUUGUAACAGUUACAAUUAAAUAUACCAGUUUUAAAGUCAGUUUUAUUUCUGUAGAGCUUUUCAAGGAUUCAGACCUCAACUUUGUGAACCAUUAGUCUAAACCAGGUGAAAUAAACCACAUGUAUUCUUUUCUUCAGACGUUUAAAUAAAUCCUGUACGAGUGAA